UAAGGACAAACUCUAUAGAUAUACACGCUAACUGCAGGGGCUUCUCCUGGCAACAGCGGAAAAGAAAAAUUUUGGAAGGACAGCUGGGUUGUAAACUGAACUGUGCAUUCACUACCUGAGGGCUUUCUUCGAUGUUAAGAUAUCUGCGUACUACACAAGCAAAGCCUCGAGGUGCUCUCUGAAUAUAUGCGGUCAUUUCUGUUGCUCGGGAUUGUCUUCUCCACGUGCAUUAGCAUUGCGUGGCUACUGGAACUUCACCUGUGAACACCCCUGUCCCACCCCCAUGGGCUUCUGGCAGGGUGUGGACAGCACGCAUUUUUCUUGCUUACAACCCUUCAAUUGGGACAAGUGGUCCAGUGUUUUUAAUGAAGUGAGGGCCGGCUUCAGGGAACAGCGUCUGUGCAGUAAGAAGGGAUUGAAGAAGGAGCCUUCUGCGGAGGACUUGCGGGACUUACUGAGACAGAGCGCAGUAUCAUGAUGACAGAUUCGUGCUUUAUUUUGUGACCAACUUCCUUGAAGAAUGUGACUCAUACCAAAACAAACACGAGAAGAUACUGGUUGUCAAAUAUACUGAACUGAGCUGCUGGUUUAACGUUCUUUUAAACUCGGUCUGGACUGGAAACACAACUGUGCAGAAAACGACUGGAAUAAAGAAGUAUUUUCUAAAAGCUGAAAGAAAAUGGAUACUUCACACAUUCCGAUCCUUGCACUAAGUCUACAGUGCUUUCUUUCUUCUGUGCUGACCUUACCCCCCGAGUGUACCAUCAUGCUGGAUAUCGAGAGGGAACGGGAGGACUGCGUGAGAACGGUGGAAUCUGAAAAUAUUUCCGCUGUUUAUGGAUGCACAGGAAUGUGGGAUAACAUCACCUGCUGGCCCUCAGCCAAGGUUGGGGAGGUGGUUCUGAGGCAAUGUCCAGCAUACUUCAGCUUUUUCUCAGAUAUGCACGGUAACGUCACGAGGAGCUGCACUAAGCAAGGCUGGGCUGACAUGCAUCCUGUCUCCUAUGCUGUGGCUUGUGGCUACGAUGUCAACACUUCUGCUAUGGAAGAGACCCAGUUCUUUGGGACAGUGAAGAUUGGCUACACUGUUGGACACAGCUUGUCUCUAAUAUCCCUGACUGUAGCCAUAAUCAUUCUAUGUGUAUUCAGGAAAUUGCACUGCACAAGAAACUACAUACACAUACACCUGUUCAUGUCUUUCAUUCUGAGGGCCGUCGCUGUCUUUGUAAAGGAUGUGGUUCUUUUUGAAAGUGGAGAAUCUGAUCACUGCUUUGUUGGUUCAAUUGGCUGCAAAGCUGCCAUUGUCUUCUUCCAGUACUGUGUAAUGGCCAACUUCUUCUGGCUCCUGGUGGAAGGCCUGUACCUCCACACGCUACUGGUGGUCUCGUUCUUCUCUGAGAGGAAGUACUUUUGGUGGUACAUUAUGAUUGGCUGGGGAGGCCCAUCAGUAUUCAUUACAGCUUGGAGCAUCACUAGAGCUUAUUAUAAUGAUAUUGGUUGCUGGGACAUUAUUGAGGCUCCAUACUGGUGGAUCAUAAAAGCACCGAUUUUGGUUUCAAUAUUGGCUAACUCUAUUCUCUUAAUCUGCAUUAUCCGCAUACUGCUUCAAAAGCUACACUCUCCGGAUGUCGGGAGGAGUGAAUCCAACCAGUAUUUAAGGCUGGCAAAAUCCACCUUGCUGCUGAUUCCUCUCUUCGGUGCUCAUUACAUCAUUUUUGCAUUUGUUCCCGACCACUUUAGAGUGGAUGUGAAGCUGAUCUUUGAGCUUAUCCUGGGUUCAUUUCAGGGCUUCGUGGUGGCCAUCCUGUAUUGUUUCCUUAAUGGAGAGGUUCAGGCAGAAAUCAAGAGGAAAUGGAAAAGGUGGCACCUGGAGAGGUUGUUAGGGACUGACACAAAGUAUCACCAUCCUUCCAUGGGAAGCAACGGAACCAACUUUACCACGCAGAUCUCCAUGCUUACAAAAUGCAGCCCAAAGACCAGAAGGGCAUCAAGCCUCCAAGCAGACUCCUCACUGGUGUAACAUGAGCCCAGACUCCAAGCAGACUCCUCACUGGUGUAACAUGAGCCCAUACUCCAAGCAGACUCCUCACUGGUGUAACACCAGCCCAGCCGCCAAGCAGACUCCUCAUUGGUGUAACACCAGCCCAGCCUCCAAGCAGACUCCUCAUUGGUGUAACACCAGCCCAGACUCCAAGCAGACUCCUCAUUGAUGAAACACAAGCCCAGCCUCCAAGCAGACUCCUCAUUGGUGUAACACCAGCCCAGACUCCAAGCAGACUCCUCAUUGGUGUAACACAAGCAACACAAGCCCAGCCUCCAAGCAGACUCCUCACUGGUGUAACACAAGCCCAGACUCCAAGCAGACUCCUCACUGGUGUAACAUGAGCCCAGACUCCAAGCAGACUCCUCAAUGGUGUAACACCAGCCCAGACUCCAAGCAGACUCCUCAUUGGUGUAACAUGAGCCCAGACUCCAAGCAGACUCCUCACUGGUGUAACACCAGCCCAGACUCCAUGCAGACUCCUCACUGGUGUAACACCAGCCCAGACUCCAAGCAGACUCCUCACUGGUGUAACACCAGCCCAGCCUCCAAGCAGACUCCUCACUGGUGUAACACCAGCCCAGCCUCCAAGCAGACUCCUCAUUGGUGUAACACAAGCCCAGCCUCCAAGCAGACUCCUCACUGGUGUAACAUGAGCCCAGACUCCAAGCAGACUCCUCACUGGUGUAACAUGAGCCCAGACUCCAAGCAGACUCCUCACUGGUGUAACACAAGCCCAGACUCCAAGCAGACUCCUCACUGGUGUAACACAAGCCCAGCCUCCAAGCAGACUCCUCACUGGUGUAACACCAGCCCAGACUCCAAGCAGACUCCUCAUUGGUGUAACACAAGCCCAGACUCCAAGCAGACUCCUCACUGGUGUAACAUGAGCUCAGACUCCAAGCAGACUCCUCACUGGUGUAACAUGAGCCCAGACUCCAAGCAGACUCCUCACUGGUGUAACACAAGCCCAGACUCCAAGCAGACUCCUCACUGGUGUAACACAAGCCCAGCCUCCAAGCAGACUCCUCACUGGUGUAACACCAGCCCAGCCUCCAAGCAGACUCCUCAUUGGUGUAACACAAGCCCAGCCUCCAAGCAAACUCCUCACUGGUGUAACACCAGCCCAGACUCCAAGCAGACUCCUCAUUGGUGUAACACAAGCCCAGACUCCAAGCAGACUCCUCACUGGUGUAACAUGAGCCCAGACUCCAAGCAGACUCCUCACUGGUGUAACAUGAGCCCAGACUCCAAGCAGACUCCUCACUGGUGUAACAUGAGCCCAGACUCCAAGCAGAC